CCCAAUUCAUUUCUAUGGGAGUGCUCAAAAUAGCCGAGUGGCUCACAUGACUAUUUUCGGAAGAGCCAUAGAAAUGAAUGGAGAACGCACCACACAGGAGCGGCCAACAGCUCAAUUCACUUCUAUGGAAUUUCCGGAAAUAGCCAAACUUUUUGGCACUCCCAUAGAAAUGAAUGGAGGGCGGCCACUCAUGAGCAGUGUGGUCUUCUUCACUUUGAGAGCUCCGCUCUAGAGAUAGCUGCGGGUCCCGGAGGUGGGAUCCACACCUAACUGACAUUGGUGAGAUCAUCAAUAUCAAAAUCCCAGACAACCCCUUUAACUGAAGCCCAACACCUCUGGAGCCCACUGCGGCCCAAUCACUUUAUGCAAAUUGUGGCUUUAUUGCAUUUAUUUUUUAGCAAAUCUACUAUGUACAAUGAUUCCUGUCCCCAAACCUUAAAGCUCAUACAUUUUUUUUGUUGCUGUUUUUGACAUGAAAAAAACAACAAAAACGUGCAUGACUUGCAAAAGGACCUUUAGGUGGUUACUUGACCUCUCUGAAGGUCCUGCAUCUACAGGAGAAAGGAGCAAGGAGGCAGAGGAGCUACUGGGUGAGUGUAUGGAGCCUGAUGUCUACUAGGGGGCCUUGGGUGUGAAUUUAUUUAGGGUGUCUGCUCCGGGUCUGAGUAGGAAAAGUUUUGCACCCAAACCCAUGGGCAUGAAGCCUGUAUUGCUUCCUUCCAUAAUACGGUAUUAUAGAGUGCCUACAGCUCCGUAGUAAUGCAUGACAUGCCAUGUGCCCCAGGCAUUGGGUGUAAGACAUUCUAUGAUGUUUCUUCACUUCAUUCAUUUUGGUCUUCUAAAAUAAUCUAUUAUGUUUUUUUUCCUUCAGCCAUAAUGUAUGCUUCAAGUAUUCCAGCCCUUCUUGGAUUAUUGGCUCCUCUCCUUCUCAUUUCUCCAUUGGCUCUUGCUACAGAUUAUCGCUCUGCCUUUUCUGUGGCCCGUACAACCAGUAUGGAAGGGGGGCCUGAAAUGGUCAUCACUUUUGACAAAGUCUAUGUAAAUAUUGGAGGAGAUUUUGACCCCAAAGCAGGUAUUUUCAGAUGUCGUAUUCCUGGAGCAUAUUAUUUUUCCUUCACCAUCGGGAAAUUCCCUAAGAAAAACCUUUCAGUCAUGCUGAUGAAGAACAAGAAUGACGUUCAGGUUAUUGUCUACGAUGAGCAUCACCACAAAGAGAGAAAAGUUGCCAGUCAGAGCGCCAUGUUGCAGCUUGACUACGGGGACACGGUUUGGCUUCGGCUUCAUGGAGACCCAAAAUAUGCGCUCUACAGCAAUGUUGGACCAUAUACAACCUUCAAUGGUUAUUUGAUCUACCCUGAUACAUCCUAUUAUUUCCAGAGUGGCAGUGAUUCCUACAAACUGCAAAACUCAAUCACAUCUACAGAAGGCUCCUCUGAACAGAAUGAAGUCUACAAAAAGAUUUCAGUGGGUGACGACCAAUCAAUUAACACAGACCCUCGGUCUGCUUUCUCAGUUGCCCGAACUGAAAGUCUUGUUGGGUCAGAGGAGAAGAAGAACCAACAUGAACCAAUCACCUUUGAUACCCAGUUUGUCAACAUUGGCAAAGAUUUCAACCUGUCGUCUGGAGAAUUUCGCUGCCGUUUGGCUGGGGCUUAUUACUUUUCUUUUACCAUAGGAAAAAUGCCAUAUAAAACCAUGUCCGUCAAGUUGAUGAAGAAUCAGAAUGAGGUCCAAGUCAUGAUUUACGAUGACAGUCACUCCAAAAAACGUGAGAUGCAGAGCCAAAGCGUGAUGCUGUCCCUACAACCUGGAGAUACAGUCUGGCUCUACAGUCAUGGACAUGAAGGCUAUGGGGCCUACAGUAAUCAUGGAAAAUACAUUACUUUCACUGGAUUCCUGGUUUAUCCUGAAGUACCUUCCAAGCAGCAAAUAGUGACAAACCCCAAACCAGAAAUUUUUACAAACAUUUGAUAGGUACCGCGAUGGGCACGGUAACAGCGCCAGACUAUGUCUAGUAUACAAGGCUGGAUUGAAUAAAAGUUUGUCUAGGCACAUAUGGUGCCCUAGAGACAGAAAGCACAUACUUGUUAUUUUCAUCCAAAUUUCACUUGUGAUUAUAUGUAUAUCAUUGCUGAUUGUGUCAUAGAUAGCACCUACCAAGCAUAUGUCUAUAUUUACAUGAACUUUGUCUUCUGGAUUGCAUACAGUUUUAGGAAACCACUUUCCCAGGGUUCAGGACGCUGACUUAUGGUUGUUCGGUGAGGUUCUCAUACCUGUUACUGCGUCUGCCUAUACAUGGCGGGAAGACGGUGGCUUUCAGGAACGUAUUUCAGAGUGGAUCUACAACGUAAAGGCAACAAAUUGUUUUCUAACUAUAGGGAGCCACUGUUUUCCAAGUCAUAAAAACAACUCCUCAUAUCUUUGCUUCCUAAUUAGUGUGACCUGGGGGAAUGGGAUGUUAAAGGUUUUUUUCUACUAUCGGAAGUAAUGGCAAAUUGAUAGGAUAUGCUAUCACUGGAUAAUUGGUAUUCAAAAAACUAUGGCUGCUUUCUUCUACAAACAGCACACACUUGAGGUAAUGCAGCUCAAUCUCUAUUCACGUCCAUGGACUUCAGCUGCAAUACCAGACACAACCUGUGGACAAGCGUGGUGCUGUUUCUGGAAGAAAGCAGCCAUGCUUUUCUAAUUGUAGACAACCCUUGUUAAAGGGAGUCUGUCAGCAGGAAAUUCACUGAUAAACCGGUCUUGCAGGGCUAGCUACACUGA